GUCACAGCUUCGUCAUUCUUCGUACACACGUUAGCGUGGAACCUGUUUCAAAAUGGAGGACGCGAUGUCAACGCCAAUAAAUACAAUAUCGAGGGAGAACCUCACUGUUUUAAUAGCUAAUAACAUGUUGAAUAAUUCAGUAGAAUUCAACUCCGAUUGUGAUUCGAUGGAGACAGAUUCACCAAUAAGAAAACCGAGCGCCCAACCAAUCAGCAAAAAGCUAUUCCAUUCACCGAUGGCUGAGAGCCCUAACGAACCCACAUUCACUUGGAACGCGGACCGGACCAGAAAGGCGAAAAAGCGAAAACAAACACUCAUACCCGAUAACACUGAGAGGAUCAAAAGAGCGUAUGUGAAAGAGUGCGACAAGGACGGCUACAGCCCCGACACACGCGGGGGAAUGAGAAAGAAAGUUUUAAUCAGCCUCUUCCACAACAAGGAGUAUUCUAUGGAUUUUGGCAGUUGAAUUUAAAAUUAGAAUUGUUUAACGUAUAUUGGCAAUCUGGUGUAUUGUUAGUGGGCGGCCAUGUUAAAUAUUUGCGCGGUUUAUUGGUAAACCGAUAUUUUGAUAAGGGUCACAGUAAUUAAUGAAAUACCCUGAAGCCACUGUGGGCAGUCCAGUGUUCAUAUUACGGUACAUAGUUUAAGUUAGUGCGGUUUUAUGAUACCUCGUGUAUCGAGAUCGAGACCUUAUGUCUUAUGAGCUUUAAGUAGUACGAGACUGAAUUAAUAUUAAUUGCUCGAUUAAUUUUAGUAAAUCAUUGGUCUUCCAGUAAUUUAAGGGAAUACAAUACAUAUCGUAGACAAUAAUUAAUUGGUAACACUAUGUUUUACUACCGUACAAUUAUUGUAUCGUAAGUAGAUAGUAAGUAGGUUAAUGCAUGCGAAAUAUGAUUAUUUUAUUUAGAAAUUAAUGUAAUGUG